GUACCUCCAGUUUGAAUCAGGAGCAGCCCUUGUCAUUGUCAGGGAUGUCAGGGCUAAUGGCAGAUGCAAGAGGAUUAUUGGAGCAGGAACGCAAGGAGGUCCAAAAGAGGUGCAAGGAGCUGCAGGACUGCCUUCUUGAAGCUGAGCAAGAUGUCACAGCUCUGAAGUCUGAGUUGGAGACGGUGAAGUCUCGCUAUUCCUCUGCAGAGGAUGUGACAGUCAGAAUUCAGCGCUCUUGGGCACAUCUUGUUGCCAUGGCAACUUGCCGAUGGUGCAUUCCGACAAUGAAUUUGAACGGAUGGUCUCUUCGAAUCCGGACAGUCUUGGCUGGCUCUGCUUUAGCAUCCAUCAAAUUUGAUUCGGAGGCAGAUGAAAUUGCUGCAUCCACCUAUCGGAAAGCUCAGACAACAUGGAAAUGGGGAAAGGUGGCCGCAUUUCUGGUACAUCGUCAAGUCAUUGAAGCUCAUCGAGACGCUGUUAUCGCAAGCGAUCAGUUUCGACGAGCUUUGAUGUCUUGGGCACGGUUGGUGACGGUCAUCAGUAGAAGCCAAGCCGAGAGAGAAAGCUGGGUAAUACAAGCAUGGGCGCGGCUCGCGUCAAUGCUGGAAUUGGUUGAUGUCAGGGGCCAUCAGUGCAGCCACAAGUCAGAUGAUGCUUUAAGACAUUGGCCACGAAUAGCUGACUUGCUGCUGGCACGGGUUGUGGCCGAUGGCUGGAGAUUGGGUUCAACCAGAGUUUGCCAGAGACACAGCGUUCUUCGCCGUUGGGGCCGCUUGGCGAGUUGCCUGUGUGCUCUUUGUCAAUCCCGACAAACCUUGGCAGAUCACCAAGAGGCUUAUUCACACCUUCGUUUGUCCCAAGCUUCUAUAUCGUGGGCACGGCUGGUCAGAAAGCUUCACGAUGGCCAGUGUCAGAGAGAGCACUUUGUGCUCCAAUCUUGGGCGAGACUAGUGUUUUGGCUCUUCAGGAGCCAGAGAUGCAAAAAGGAUGUUGAUGGGAGACAUUGGCCACGAAUGACAGAACUUUUGCUGGCGCGGCAUGUGGGCACUGGCUGGAGGUCAGGUGUAGCCAGAGCUUGCAAGCUACAAACUGUGCUUGGACAUUGGGGGCGUUUAGCGCAUCAAGUCCAUGCACAGAUAGUUCAUCAGGAGGCACAAGAUGCAAUGCGUGCCAAGAUGCAGGAUGAAGCUGACGGGGAAUUGCAGGCGCACAAGGAUGAGGUAGAGCCAGAGGGAGAUAAAGCCCAGGAAGAUCCACAGAUCAGCAAAUCAUUUUCGAUCAUCUUGAACUGGAUUCGCUUGACCAUGGCGCUGCUUGCCGGAUCAAACGAUUUGCUUCGUGAUGUUGGCACGCUUUUCCGACGGAGGCAACAACUGCAAUCGGCAAUGGUUCAGCGGAGGCAACAACUUCAAUCAAAGCAAGUCCAAGCUAUGCAAGACGCACUCCAAAGACAGACGUCCCAAGCGCUUGUGGCACACCAAAUGUUGUUCGAUGAGACACAGCGGACCCUGGCACAUUGCAAGAGAUUCCAGAAUCACCUCAUUCCGCUUGGUUUGGAAGAGCAGUGCCAGAAAGCCCUGCUAACAUGUCAGCAGUUGCUGGGUCUUUCAGAGCCCGAGAAUUACAGUGGAUCGUGAUCACGUCGUGCAACUGGCACGAGGUGGCGGCCAUGCGGCAAAGACAUAUGCAGUCGCAAAUGCGAUUGUCCGCUGUAUUCUGUGCAGUUUGUUCUAUUUCGAUCCGUGCUUUUGGCAUCGCACGUUUGCUGCUUGUGUUGUCAUGGCAACGUGGGAAGUCAAAAA